CUUUGUCUCCUCCUAUAAACAAUUACUUUCAGAAUGUUGCUCAAGUUCAUGACUAAAGCCAUUAGCUCAUGGUGCUCUUUUUUUAUCUGUUUAAAUUUUCCUUUAAAGAAAGUGAGUCCCCCAUCUGUCGGUUACACAGGCAACUUAGAAGAAGGAUCAUUAGCUAAUCUUUCUGUGAUAUUGCUUGCCGAGUGUCCACAACUCUUCUCACUUUCAUUGCAGAUAGCCGACUCAGAUGGGAACUGAGAGAUCGUCUUCUUCAGAUGAGAAGAAACUGAUUAUGGAGCCUCUCUUGAGCGAUAAUCCGAACCCAAAGGGAGGCCUCAGAACUAUGCCUUUCAUCAUAGCAAACGAGGCAUUUGAGAGAGUGGCGAGUAUUGGGCUACACUCAAACAUGAUCAUGUAUUUGACAAGAGAAUAUAAUUUGGAAACUACUGCAGCAACUAUUAUACUCUUCAUCUGGUCAGCUGUUACUAAUCUUAUGCCAGUUCUUGGGGCCUUUAUUUCAGAUUCUUAUGCCGGUCGGUACCGGAUGGUCGGUUUCGGUUCCAUUGCGACUCUCCUGGGGAUGGUGCUGUUAUGGCUGACAACCAUAAUUCCAGAUGCAAAGCCUCCUCUUUGUGACCCAGCAAGCAGCAUUUGUGAACCUCCAACAGCAUCCCAGCUUCUGUUUUUGUAUUCAUCUUUAGGCUUCAUGUCUGUUGGAGCAGGUGGGAUAAGGUCAUCCUCUUUAGCCUUUGGUGCUGAUCAGUUGAACAACAGGGAAGACAACUUACAAAAUGCAGGCAUUUUACAGAGAUACUUCAGUUGGUACUACGUUGCAGUCUCGGUUUCAUCUAUGUUUGCAGUGACUUGUAUUGUGUACAUUCAAGAUAAACUCGGGUGGAAGGUUGGCUUGGGAGUUCCUGCUGCUCUCAUGCUCUUAUCGGUUCUUUCUUUCUUCUUGGCUUCCUCCUUUUAUGUCAAGUUGAAGGCUAAAACAAGCUUGCUCACUGGCCUCGCUCAAGUCAUUGUAGCCUCUUACAAAAAUCGACAUAUGAAGUCGCCAUCUCAAGCCACGGAUGAUAAUAUUUACCACAUCAGGAAGAAAUCAAUGCUUCUAUUGCCGAGUGAAAAAUUAAGUUGGCUCAACAAAGCUUGCAUUGUGAGAGAUCCUCAACAAGACUUGACCUCAGAUGGAAGAGCCACAAACCCAUGGAGUCUUUGCACAGUAGAUCAAGUUGAAGAGCUGAAAGCCCUGAUCAAAGUAAUUCCACUGUGGUCGACGGGAAUCAUUAUCGGUGUUACUCUGGAUCAACACUCCUUCCCCAUCCAGGUGAGCACAAUGGACCGAAAAAUCACAUCCAACUUUGAAAUCCCUCCAGGCUCCUUCGGCAUCUUCAUGAUCAUUACUGUAAUACUCUGGAUUGCUCUCUAUGAUCGUAUCAUUAUCCCUCUAGCAUCUAAACUCAGUGGAAAGUCAACUUAUCUUAGCUUAAAAAAGAGACUGGGGAUUGGAUUGUUCUGCUCUUCUGCAUCCAUGGCAGCCUGGGCAAUUGUGGAGACUUUCCGCCGGGAAAUUGCAAUCAAGGAAGGAUUUUCUGAUGACCCACGAGCUGUAAUUAACAUGUCUUCGAUGUGGUUAUUGCCUCAUCUUGUCCUGGGAGGCUUGGCCAUGGCUUUCAACACCAUUGGACAGUCUCAAUUCUAUUACACUGAGCUGCCUAGAAGCAUGGCUAGCAUCUCCUCCACUCUUCUUGGAAUAGGAAGUUCAACAGCAAGCUUGGUGUCGAGUUUCAUAAUCAAUGUUGUCGAUAAGGUUACUAGAAGUGGAGGAAAGGAGAGCUGGGUUUCAGCCAAUAUCAACAAGGGUCAUUAUGAUUAUUAUUAUUGGCUUCUUGCUGGUUUAAGCAUGGCUAAUUUUAUAUACUUCCUGGUUUGUAGCAAAGCUUAUGGUCCGUGCGAAGAUGAAGGCAAAGAAAAGGAUAACACGAUCACUGAGGAACAUUGA